AUGGGAUUUGGCGGUGGAGGAGGUCGACAUAAUGACGGCCCUGUCGAUACCCAGUUGUACGAUCUACUUAGGGUCCCCCCGACGGCUUCUCAGGACGACAUAAAAAAGGUAAUAAUUUUAAGUUUUAGUCUAUUAUUAUUUUUAGUCAUAUCGAAAGCUCGCCAAGGAAUACCAUCCUGAUAAAAACCCUAAUCACGGCGACAAGUUCAAGGAGAUUAGCGCUGCUUAUGAAGUGUUGUCCGACCCCCGGAAACGUGAAAUCUACGAUCAGGCCGGCUUGGAAGGCCUGGAGGGUGGUGGUGGAGGUGGAUUCUCUGGAGAAGACAUCUUCAGUAUGUUUGGAGGUGGUGGUGGUAUUUUCAACAUGUUUGGUGGAGGUGGCCGUGGAAGGCGGCAACGCAGGAAAGGAGAGGAUACCGUCCAGCCGUUCCCCGUGUCGUUAGAAGAUCUUUACAAAGGGAGAACUGCGAAACUUCAAGUCACUAAAAACAUUAUAUGCAGUUCUUGUGAAGGGUAGGUUGCUGAAUUAUGUUAAUGCCUUUCUUUUAGAAAGGGUGGAAAAGAAGGAGCUUGUCAGACAUGCACUAGAUGCCAUGGACAAGGGCGGGUGUUGGUUACUAGACAGUUCGGUCCUGGGAUGAUUCAACAAAUGCAAACAAAAUGUACGACUUGCAAUGGAGAAGGUACUAUAAUCAACGAAAAAGACAGAUGCGUUAAAUGCUUGGGCAAAAAAACGGUCAAAGAACAAAAGGUCAUCGACAUUCACAUAACCCCUGGAAUGAGAGAAAAUCAAAAGAUUAUUUUCUAUGGUGAAGGAGACCAAGAGGUAUGAUUUGCAGUCCCUUUUGUAAUUUCCCGUUUUUAGCCAGGAAUCGAACCUGGAGAUGUAAUCUUGGUUAUCAAAACGAAACCUCAUCCAGAGUUUCAAAGAAGAGGAGACGAUUUGUGGAUGAGGAAAUCUAUCAGCCUCAAUGAAGCCCUUUGUGGAUAUCAAACGGUUGUGGAACAUUUGGAUGGCCGAAAAGUUCUGAUCAAGACUAAACCUGGCGAAGUAAUUAAACCAGGUAUGAAAUUCAGGACGGGGGUUUGCUAGUUUGCCCCCCGGCAAGUCUACUGUCAGGGGUGGGGGGUAAUUAAUGACGUGGAUCCCUUAUGUGUUCUUUCGUAGAAAAAAUUAUCAUGUAACCUCUUCUAAAAGUGUUACGUAAAAAUUACUUUUAUCAAAAUUGCACUUACAAUUCACACUUUUGUUGCGCACUAUACUUUUUUGAAGGGAUCUACGCCAUCGGUUAUCCUAAACUCCUGAAGAGCGGCUAGAUUCUUCCGAGGGGCGUGUGUUUGAAGAUAGAUUCUCCAGUCGAUCAGGACGUCUGUUACUGAUUAAUGAUUUUUUUAGAAUCUGUUCGAAUUGUAAAAGGCGAAGGAAUGCCUAACAAAGACAACAGUGCCCAUGGAAGCUUGUAUGUAAUUUUCUCAGUAACUUUCCCAGAAAAUCGCUUUUUGACCGAGGAUGGAUUUAAGGUAAGCUAGUUUUUUAAAAAAGGCGAGGAAAAUUUGAACCAACUACGAAGGAAUAUCUGUUGGUCGUUUUGGCAAAAAAAAUCAAAUAUCGUGCAACUCGAGAGUGCCAAUGUAACGUCGUAUUUAUUUUAGCAAUUGGAAAGCCUUCUGCCGAAACGACCCCAUGCAGCAAUUACUGUUACUCCAGAUAUUGAAGAAGUUUCUCUUUGCGACUUCGAUGAAGCUAGAUAUGAAGGUGGAGGCGGUGGUCGCCGAGAAGCUUACCAUGACGAUGACGACAGCGAUGAGGAAAUGCAUGGGCAUGGUGGUCAGAGAGUGCAGUGCGCGUCCCAAUAA